AUGCGGGGACAGCCGGUUGCGACCUCGGUCCUUCUACGGCCAAGUCGAAUUCCUGACGACCUCUUAUUCCUGCGAAUUGUCGGCCAGGGUCGCCAUGCGACAGUCUGGUUGUGCGAGGACGGUCGCACAGGCGAGCAGAUCGCCUGCAAGAAGAUCCUCAAAUCGACGCUCAGAAGCUCCAGCAAAAAAGUAGCCGAAGCUUGCGACAACUCGCCUGCGACCAGCGCGGCUUCGCUACAACCAUCGCAUGACGACGUCCGCCGCGAGGUGUCUGUAGUAGAGGGUCUUUCCGGGAAGCACCCCAACGUUCUCACGUUCAAAGGAGCCUUCGAGGAUGCCGACGCGGUGCAUCUAACCUCGGAAUUCUGCGACUCGGGUGACUUGCUAACCUACAUUGUCGAAUCCGCGAAACGAGACGGCGCACGCGCUCCGGACGUGUACAAUCUCGCCGGCUAUGGCGGCAGCUCUGCUUCCUGCGAUGAUGGAGCUGCUUUUGGUUCAACCGCCCGCAGCAACCGCGGAGUUUCUCGCAGCAUUUCGCGAACCCUGAGUUUUCAACGUGGUAAAUCCGACCGCAAGCUGCACGCGACACCUGGCAAUGGCGACGCCGUCUCCCGCGGCGUUUCUGGCGGAAGCGGCGGCGGCGGUUGGGGAGGACACCGCGCCUGGGCUCUUCCCGAACCCGAAGCGCGAGCGAUUUUCCGUCAAGUGGCGGCGGCAGUCCAGUUCUGCCACCAGAGCGGCGUCGCGCACGGAGAUAUCCGCCUCGAGAACGUCCUCCUGAGCUCGCACCGAUUCGCGGCCCCCUGGGCGGCGGGAUCGCGCAGAUCGCGCGCGCGCUCCCUUUCAACCAUUUGUUCCGCGUACCCGCACGGGUGCGCUUCCGAAGCGUUUGAGGCAAGCAGUAGUGGUUUCGCCGGGAACGGAUUAGUAUCGCCGCGCGCCGCGCCACAUGGCGGUUGCGCUGCCGUGUUCGCGAAGCUCGCGGAUUUCGGGAGUGCGGAGAGGGUGGCUGUGCUCCCGGCUGUGGCGGAUGCGGCUGCUGAUGACGUGGCAGCGGCGGAUGGCAGUGGAGAUGUGGCGUCAGUAGAAACGCGGGUACGCGACGCUGUGAAAAGGGGGAGCUUCGGGGGGAAGUCAAGGUUCGGGGGGGGAGAAUGCUUACGCUGGAUGCAAUACGCGGCGCCGGAGCUGAUUUUAUCGGAGAAAGAGUCUACCAAGUCCGGAGUAGUCGCGACGGCGCGAAAGGAAUGCCCGAUGAAAGCUGACGUGUGGUCGCUGGGAGUGGUGAUCUUCGCGCUUCUGUCUUCGUCCGCCCCCUUUUCGGGUCCCCAUGCGCGGAAGAUCAUCCGCCAGAUUGCGGAAGCUCGAAAUCAUUUAGAGCGGCUCAUGUUUCCUUCUGAAAUCGGAGAGACUCUUAGCGAGAUUCAGCAGGGAUCCAACGUGUGGCUGCGAGUCUCGGCGGAUGCCAAAGAUUUGAUUCUCGGCAUGCUGGAGAUUGAGCCUGCUGCCCGCUUUUCGAUUAUCGACGUCGUUAACCACCCAUGGCUGAACGCGAAGGAUACUGGGCGACGGGGAAUCCGCGGAUCCAUGAAGUGCGCUGGUGGGCUGGGUCGCGUACGCGAGGUGGACGCUGGCGGCGAUGAACCCGCGGAGAUGAGCGGGAUCGGCGAUAAAAUAGGCAGCUGUAACGGCGGGAGGGUCCGAGGCAGCAGUAGUCUCACUCGGGCAGACUUUGUGCCUCUGCUGCAGCGGAGGAACACUUUUUCCGCGACUUCGGACCGGUGCAAUCUGAGUGGCUCGCGUGUGGUAGAUUCGGCUGAACGAAAAAAGGGCGAGCACAAAAGGGGGAGCUCAAUUUCCAUGCAAUCCGCUACUGUCAACCCCCCCUGCGUUACAAGCGCCGGCCGCAUGAGACCUGGAAAGCUCUUGAUGCGCGCAAUCAGCCGAAGCAUUGGGAACCUCGCGGAAUUGAGGAGUCUCGCAACUGGUAACCGUUACAGAAGUACCCCUGGUGCUGUCAGGUACAGUGAAUGGGACACCAAUUCUGUCUGCUACAGUGAAAACAACACGGAAAAUAAUAUUGGCAGCGGCAGCAGCACGUAUGAGGGAGAAGCAGCAGAUCUUUGUGAGCUGGGAAGCUUCCCAUCACCUCCUUCACCACCACUUCAAGAUGAGCACACAGAGGAGCAGGCAGAGGAGCAGGCAGAUGCGAGCACGACUGAGGCAGACCCAGGAGCAGCAAAAUACAGAUUCUCCCUUCAAACACCUGAAGGGCUGGGGCCAGGACAGGGAGUGACUGCGCUCGGUCCCAUACGAGAUCUUCACACCCUGCUGCUACGUCUGCCACCUCUCAUUCUGUCACCGCCACAUCCUUAG